AUGCACGGAGCAGGUGCUUUGAGAUCGCGUCCAAAUAUCGCUCGGGAAAUUUUGAAGCUUCUUGAUUUCGAUGGCUCGGGUACCGUGAAGACUUCUGAUCUUCACAAGGCCUUUAUGGGAACUGGUCUAUCAGAAGCCGAUGUGAACGAUUUCAUUCGAAGGCAUGACAAGGGCAACAAAGGGGAAAUUAACUUGGAAGAGUUGACUGCUAUGCUCAACAAUGUUCAUAGAAAAACCAGUAGCGUCUCAAUGGGCGGGCGAAGCAUUUAA